CUCUCUGCCUGCCUCUCCUCAGACUGACGAUGGCUGAAGCCCAGCUGAGUGGAUUACAGGACGAGUUCACCUGCUCGAUGUGUCUGGACACUCUGACUGAUGCCGUAUCACUGCACUGUGGUCACAAUUUCUGUCUGAAGUGCCUCACAGACUGCUGGGAUCAGAGCCAAGAGUGCAGCUGUCCUCAGUGCAGUCACACCUUCACCACAAGGCCUGAGCUGAACAGAAACAUUCUGCUGAAUGAAGUCAUCAAGAAAUUAAAGAAGACAACACUCAGUCCUCCUUCUCCUUCUCCAUCUAAGAAUUAUGCAGGCCCUGGAGAUGUGGAGUGUGACGUCUGUACUGGGAAGAAGUUCAGAGCAGUGAAGGCCUGUCUGACCUGCAUGGCCUCCUACUGUCAGACUCACCUGCAGCCUCACUAUGAAGGAGACGCCUGGAAGGGACACAACCUGGUUGAUUCUGACAGAAAUCUGAAGGAGAAACUCUGUGAGAAACAUCAGAAAAGUCUGGAGAUGUUUUGUAAAACUGACAAGAUGUGCAUCUGCAUGAUUUGUGUGGUGACUGGACAUAAUGGGCAUAAAAUGGUCGAGCUGGAGACAGAGAGGGAAGAUAAACAGAAACAACUGGGGGUGACACUGAGUGAAGUUAGGAGGAGACUUGAGAAGAAAGAGAAGAAAAUGAAGAAGAUGAGGAGGACAGCAGAACAGAUGAAGAUCUCUGUAGAAAGAGUGAUGGCGGAACAUGAUAAGAGCUUCACAGAUCUGAUUCGCUGCAUUGAGGAAGCCCACAAGAAACUGACUGAGAAGAUUAGAGAACAAGAAAAGAGAGAAAUGGAGAAGGCUAAAGGAGUCAUGGAGCAACUGGAGAAGGAGAUUGAGGAGCUGAAGAGGAGAGAAGCUGAGCUGAAGGAGCUUUCAGAGAUAAAGGACCAUCUCCAGUUCCUGCAGAAUUUGUCAUCUUGCUGUGUCCUUCCUGCUGAGGAAGACUCACUCAACUUGACUUUUACCGCUGAUUUCUCUUCUGAGGACCUGCUAAAGGAGCUGUCAGGUUUGAAAAAGUGUCUGGAGAAGAUCAGCCAGUGGGACAUCCUGCCUUUGACUCCAUCAGGUCAUGAAGUUCCAAUCUUCACCCUACAGCCUCCUGAACCUCAGAGCAGAGAGGAGUUUUUACAAUAUUUCUGUCCCCUCACACUGGAUGUAAACACGACAAACAGACGUCUCCAUCUGUAUGAAGGGAACAAGAAGGUGACACGCGAGAGGACAAAAGCCAAAUAUCCUGAUCAUCCUGAUAGAUUUGACUACUGGGCCCAAGUUCUGUGCAGAGAGGCUUUGACUGGGACUCGCUGUUACUGGGAAGUGGAGGGCAGUGGAGGUGGUGUGGUGUUUGGAGUUGCAUAUAAAGGACUGAGCAGGAAAGGAGAGGGCUUGGAGUGCGGCCUUGGAAACAAUGACAAGUCCUGGAGUUUGUGGUGGUCUCAUUCCCAGUACUCUGUGCUUCACAACAACCAGUGGACUGUAAUCAGCGCCCCCUACAGCCCCAGAAUAGGUGUGUAUCUGGACUGGCCUGCUGGCUCUCUGUCAUUUUAUAGCGUCUCACACACAAUGACCCUCCUGCACAGGUUCAACACCUCCUUCACUGAGCCCCUCUAUCCAGGGUUUUUCCUUGGUCUUCACUCCACUGUAACAAUCAGCCAUCUGACACCAUGUGACCACUGACCAGUUCCCUCCACUGGUCAGUUGAUGUCCCCACAAGUGCAGGUCAUCUUUGCGUUUGUAGUUUGGGGUGAAAUUAAAUUUACAGGAUUGGUGGGUUGGAGGGGCAGCACCUCUGUGAUUGAAUUUGUGGAUGAGAAUGUGGGGUGAGUGCAGCUGUCAUGGUCUCCAUUAUUAUUGGGUUUGAGUAGCCAAUCAGGUGUGUGUUUCAUAGUGAGGAGUGGAGACACCUCAGACCUAUACCAGUCUGACCAGCAGGGGUCACUGUUGAUUCACAGCCACAUGUCCUUCAGGUUGACACCCCAACAACUACUGAGACCCCCAAGUGUCACUGAAUGUCACCUGUUAAGUAGGACAGGCGUGUGGUCCUGCUGGAUCAGCACAACUGAAAGGCGCUAUACAGACUCAGUAUUGAGAGCUCUUGAAUGGUGACUAUAUGAAGGAGUAGAGAGUGACAGAUGGGACUGGAGUGUUGUCCACUUAACAGACAUGUUGUGACCCUCCAUUGGUCACUCAAAGGGUCCUUCACUUCAGAAUAAAUUCACUGUGAACGUCUGAAGAUGAGGACUCAUCGCUCAGUCAGAUGUCAGCCAUACUGACAGAGUUUGGUGUUUUAGUUGAUGUCACAUUAAACUUUAAAUUGCACCUCCUCCUUGUCCCCAGAUUGGUCACUCUUGGUACCCUGCAAGCUCCAACAUCUUCACAAAAUGAAUUCUUGGUCAGUUGGCACACACUUGACAUGGGUGCACAUGUGUGGCAUUGCAGUGGACUGGCACCCCAUCCAGGGUUGCCCCACCUUGUCCACAAACCUUAAAUUGAAAAACGGAUAAGAAAGACAAGGAAUGGACAAAAGGGGUCACUGAUUGGUCAGUCGUCAAACUACUGCCUCUUGUGGCCACUCUAAAUUUUACACAGCAAUUUAAACAAAAAGGAAAUCUAAAAGAUAAAAGCAGAAACCAUUCAGUGAAAUCCUGAGCAGUGAAACAUGAAA